CGGUCUCGCCCCACGCCCACGCUCGGCCCCGAGUGCGGAAGCUCCGGGCGGCGGCCCCGGGACCAGCCCCGAGCGCAGCCACCGCAGCUUCUGCUUUCGGGGUGUAGGUGACGCCCCCAACACCCACGGGGGAGACAGAGCCCAGGGGCAGCCUCACCCACCCUCCUGGCCCUGAAAGCGGAACCGGGGCCACGCACGGCCCCUCUGGGGGAGCCCCGGUUCCUCUUUCAGGACCGAGGGUGCCACGCGGGAGCGUGGGGUCACGAGGUGCCCGCUGGUGUCCCCAGGCCAUGGACCCCCCCCGGCGGGUGCGCCUCAAGCCCUGGCUGGUGGCCCAGGUGAGCAGCCGGCGCUUCCCGGGGCUCCGCUGGCUCGACCCCGAGCGCCGACGCUUCGUCAUCCCCUGGGGACACGCCACCAGGAACCCCCCGGGGGGACCCCAGGACCACGACACCAUCUUCAAGGCGUGGGCUCAGGAGACGGGCCGGUUCCGGGCCGGGGACCCGCCGGACCCGCCGCGCUGGAAAGCCACGCUGCGCUGCGCCCUCAACAAGAGCCGCGAGUUCCGGCUGCUGCUGGACGGGCCCCGCGGCUCCCCGGCCCAGCCCUUCCGCGUGUACGAGCUCUGCGAGGAGCCCCCCGGGGGCGCAGAGGGGGGGGAUGAGGAUGACUAUGGCUGCAGCGGGGAGGAAGACGUCAGCCAGCUCCAGAAGAUGACAUCCCUGAGUAUCGAUGACACGCAGCACAGGGGGGACCUGCUGCCCCCCUACCCCUGGUCCAAGGAGGAGGCCCCCACCUUUGCCAGCUGCUGCCCCUCGGGAAGGCCCUUUGGGCCUCCCCCCCCAGCGCUGCUGCAGGGGGAGGUGGGGGGCACCCAUGGGGCCCCUGAGCUGCUCCCCAGUGCCCUCGCUGAGACGGGGCCCCCCCUGGGCCCCCCGGGGCCCUCGUCCUCCUGCCCGGUGGCACCGACAGAGCACCUGAUCCCUGACCUGCUCGUCAGCCCCCACAUGCUGCCACUGACUGACCUGGAGCUGAAGUUCCAGUACCGGGGCCGCCAGGUCUGUGCCCUCACCGUGAGCAACCCCCACGGCUGCCGGCUGUUCCACAGCAGCCUGGAGCCCACGCGCGAGCAGGAGGAGCUCUUCGGGCCCCUGACGCUGGAGCAGGUGCCCUUCCCUGCUCCCGACACCAUUCCCAACGAGAAGCAGCGCUUCUACACCCACCAGCUGCUGGACGUGCUGGACCGAGGGCUCAUCCUGGAGCUCCAGGGCCAGGAUCUCUUCGCCCUCCGGCUCUGCCAGUGCAAGGUCUUCUGGACGGGGCCCUGUGCUUCUCCCCAGCCCGGCCCUAACCCCAUUCAGAGGGAGAGGAGGACCAAGCUCUUCAGCCUCGAGGGCUUCCUCAACGGCCUCAUCCAGUUCCAGAAGGGGCAGACCCCCACCCCGCCCCCCUUUGAGAUCUUCCUCUGCUUUGGUGAGGAGUGGCCGGACCAGAAGCCCAAGGAGAAGAAGCUGAUCACGGUGCAGGUGGUGCCGGUGGCGGCGCGGCUGCUGCUGGAGAUGUUCUCCGGGGAGCUGUCCUGGUCGGCCGACAGCAUCCCGCUGCAGAUCUCCCACCCCGACCUCAAGGACAGGAUGGUGGAGCAGUUCAAGGAGCUGCACCAGCUCUGGCAGAGCCACCAGCGGCUGCCGCCAGCGCAGCCCCCGCCCGGCCCCUCCGCGGGUGCCUGGGCGCUGCCACCCGGCCCCCUGCCCCACUGACAGGGACACGGGGACAGCCCUGGCACUGCCAGCCGGGGUGAGUCACUCGUGGCCAUCUCGGCUGGUGGAGCCGGGGCCACCCAGCACCGUCCUCAUCCUGUCCCCAUCCCCAUCCCCGUCUCCCCAGAGCUGCCAGUGACCAGCACCCAGGGGAGCUCCGAGGGGGACCACCCACCCUGGGGCGGCUCUAUCGGGGCCGAAGCAGCCGGACCCCCCUCGCUGGAUUCCCCAAGGAUAAUCCCCCCGGGGUUUUGGGGGAAACAGCAAGAAGACAGGGGCUGGGGCCCCCUUGGACCUGGAGCUCCCAGGGAUGGGGGGUACCAAGCAGCCCCAGCCCCGAGAGAAGAACCAGAGGGGGCUUGGGAGGUUUUAAUUUAUUUUUUCAGGUUUUUGUUGUUUUUUAUUGUUCUCAAGAUGGCUACA